AGGUUUAUUGAUAUUGAAUACUAGAUCUUGUAUCGUUAAGAAAGUAAGGCAUUUGUUUGAAUAUAAAAGGCAAAAUAGUUUGAUACUGGAAUGGGACAGGGCCAGAAGAAUGAUCUCACACGUACUGAUAUACCUUUGUCUGGCAAGUGGAAUUAAAGGUGCUUUUUGUGUAAACGUUACAUUACUUCCAAGCUCGGCCGACGUUGUAGAAAACGGAAAAAUAAAUUUGACAUGCUAUAACGAUGAACAGAAAGGUGAUGUUGCAGUCUGGACAAACUCGAAUGGACUAGCAGAGUCGGUAACGAUAUAUAACAAUUCGAAGUGCACAGUAGCUGGAUUUCUAGCGAAUACCUCCUUGUACACAACGUACUGUAUGGGAGGCGGGUCAUUUGUGUUGCAGCUGAACAAUGUUGACAGACGAAUGCAUGACGUAUCGUGGAUAUGUGCAUAUCGCUUCGAGGAUGGGAUACAAGUUAAAAGUAACAAUGCAUCUGUUUAUGUUAUAGUUCCUGUUAAGUAUAUUAGAAUUAUUGAACUAAACGAAGAUAAGAGCAAUACAGUAAGUGUGAUAGAGAAGCACCAAACUACUCUCAAAUACAACGUGUCGUUCAGUCGUCCAUCACCAAACGUCAGUUGCUUUCUUUGCAUGAAUGAUAACUCAAUUACGCUGCAUGUUGGGAACUUCAUACCAAACAGAUGGAAAUAUGAAAUGGUAUUUACUUUCAACAGGACGUUCAAUGGAUGGAUGAUACAUUGUAGUGCGAGUAACAUGCAAACUGUUACUGUUACUUCGAAGCGACUAAAUCUUAACGUGUUAUGUAAGUUUUGCAAUCCGCGUUUUGUUGUUUCGUCAAUUUGAUUAAACAGGCGAAGUUUUA